UUCUCCUUUUCCCCAAGGGGUUUCUGAUUACUACUAUAUAAACCCUCCGCCCUUGUCUCUCUCAUUGCAGUAUAAAAAGGAAAUAAAAAGCCAUCGUUCUUUGUUUGUCUAAUUGUCGUUGUUUUCUCUGUCCUCUUUGCAUGGGACUCUCACUACUUCCUUCUUAGCCUUCUGUUUCUUCAUAUCCCAACUGGGUUUUUGCCUUUUGAUUACUUCCCGUGAUAAAUUUCCAUCUGGGUCUUGUUUCCAACUCUUCCCUGCCAAAAACACUCACUUGGGCACAGUUUGUUUUUGUCAAAAAAAGGAAAGGUUUUUUCUUGUCUGUCAUGGCGUCUCGUGUAGACUGGGAUGCGGAAAAGAUGCUCGACAUGUAUAUAUAUGAUUAUCUGGUGAAAAGGAAUUUCAAAGCAGCUGCUGAGAUGUUUGCACGGGACGCGAAUGUUUGUAAUAAUCUUGCUGUGAUCAACGAGCCAUAUGGUUUCUUGACUGAAUGGUGGACAAUCUUUUGGGACAUAUAUUCUUCUAGGGAACUGGCACGUCCUCAGGCCAUGGAAAAUUCCACCGUUAAGCUUACUCAAAUGAUGGAGAAUGAGCAACAGAAUAUAACUCAUACAGUGCCAAACCUGAAUCAGCAGAGGGCCAUGCAGUUUCCUCUAAAUAUGAAUUUUGACAAGAUGACGGGGCAACAAGAAUCAAGUUUUGUGGCAUCACAGCUUCCUGUCAGCUACUGCAAUCCCAGCUUACAGCAUCUCAAUGUCGAUAUAUUGACUCCCUCAAAGCCGUCUUCAAGCCAUGCUAGGCAUUGCAGCCAAUUCCAGCAGCAAAUUCCUCAUAAGGCUCAACAGCGGACUGCGAGAGAUAGAAGCAGUGGUGUUAAUCUGGGGAGAGCUAAACGUAUGGACGCAACUCUCUGUGGAAAACCAAAACCAAUGUUGCCAAGAGCAGGGCUUCAUGAUGCGGGGUUGGAAAAGGGGGCCAAUCAGAUGCUAUUGAAAGAAUGGCCUUUGACUGGAAUUGGCCAAAGUAGUCCUAGCAUGUCUUUCCCAGUACUGAAUUCUUCUUUACCAGUGCCUAACCAACAGCAACAGUUACAUACCUCGAUAGAUCAUCAUCAACAAUAUCUUGUGUCCCAUGUAAUUGCAAAACCACAAGUGAAAGCAAUAUGUGCUUUUCAAGGAAGCAUUAACAAUUCGGGAAAUAUGCUUCCUACGAAUGUCAUAAGUGGGACAGAUAGACAGGAUGGCAAGGGUACUGAGGUGGAGAAAUCCUCAGAUGUUGAUAUGGAGUCUUUGUUGUCCCAUGACGUUGACAAUGCUGAUAAUACCGGCACUUCUUUCAGCAACUUCCCAACAACUACUACACCUUGCAGCAUAAAAAAUCAGAAUGGAUUCCAAUUCGAAGAAGUUGCUUCAGUCAACUCGAGCAAUGGCGAGAUCCUCUGCUGCCAUUUUUCAACAGAUGGACACUUUGUUGCUAGUGCUGGCCAUGGCAGGAAGGUCUUACUUUGGAGGACGAGUACUUUUGAUUUUGUUAAUACCGCAGAAGGUCAUUCUCAUCUAAUUACAGAUGUUCGGUUUAGACCAAAUUCCAGUACUUUCGCCACAUCUUCCUUCGAUAAAACAGUGCAAAUAUGGGAUGCGAAAAAACCAACCGAUCCACUGUUUAGGCUUUUUGGGCACACUGAACAAGUGACUUCAUUGGAUUUCCACCCAAGAAAGACGGAUGUCCUCUGUUCCUGCGAUUCUAAUGAUGAGAUUCGACUGUGGAGCAUUAAACAAUGUGCUUGCACAAGCAUCUUUAAGGGAGCUACGAGACAGGUUAGAUUCCAACCUCGACUGGGGAAACUUUUGGCUGCUGCUUCAGGAAACAAAAUUGGCUUAUUUGAUGUGGAGACUAACAUUCUCCAAUGCUAUUUGGAGGGACAUGUCAAAGAAGUCCGUUCGAUCUGCUGGGAUUCAAGUGGGAGGUACAUUGCAUCGGUGAGCGAAGAAAGUGCAAGGGUGUGGUCAUUUGCAUCGGGUGGAAAUUGCGUAUAUGAAUUGCACUCUAAUGGCAAUAAGUUUGAAUCCUGCACAUUCCAUCCAGGAUAUUCUCUUCUCAUGGUUAUUGGUUGUUACAAGUCUAUAAAAUUGUGGAAUCCAACUGAUAAGAGCAGCAAACCUGUAACAGUCGCGACCGCACACAAUGGUAUAAUUUCUGCUUUAGCAGAUUGUCCUCAGAAUCAAAUGAUUGCUUCAGUGAGUCAUGACCGAUGCAUGAAAUUAUGGAGAUGAUGGUGGUUUGUUUCUUUGUACAAAUGGACAAUUUUGCAUUCCAUAGGUUUCAGAUAGAACCCAGAAAUGGAUAGGCUAUUUUGGAAGUUGCAGCACCGGCAAUAAGGCCGUUGCUGAAUAUACACAUUUUUUUAUGUAGUUUAGAUAGAUGAACUUUAUUCAUUGUUUCGGGUAUGUGUGUGUGUGUGUGUGUUGCUUUAGUGACUUUCUGGAUCUUAGGGUUUUUGUCAAGCUUGAGAAUGUUUUGGUAUAUCUAUGAUUUCAGUUCAUUAAAACUGUGAUGAUAUCAUUGAGAAUGUUUUGAGAUCA